GGAAGGCCCAGUGAGCACCCAUCUGAGACCAAAUCUGACAAAGACUCAGCCUCAGACAUCUCAUCGUUGUUUCAUCUCUUCCGGAUACUCAUCAUGGAUAUCCCCAUCCAGUACCCCUGGUACCGCCGGGCCUUCCCAUACAGACGUCCCGACCUGUCCUUUGUUGAGUCUCUCACAGAUUGGCCUCUCAUUUGGCCUUUUCCGUGGUCCUUUGCUUGGAUGCGUCCCACCUUCAUGCGCUGGUUAAACUGGCCUGAGAAUGGACACAGUGAGAUGCACGUGGAAAAGGAUCGCUAUGUGAUUUAUCUGGAUGUGAAGCAUUUCUCUCCGGAUGAGCUGAGUGUCAACGUCAGCGAUGAGUUCAUCACAAUACACGCCAAACAUGAAGAUAGACAGGACGACCAUGGAUUUGUGUCCAGAGAGUUCCUGAGGAAGUACAGGCUCCCUUCCGGAGUGUCAUGCGCUGACAUCACCUCCAGCUUGUCGUUCGACGGCGUGCUGACAAUCACCGCGCCCAGGUCUUCACCUGGCCCCGAGCGUAACAUUCCAAUAUCGUGUGAGGAUGGAUCAGCCAAACAGAAAAUGUAGAGCCGAGUUGGAAGUCUGACACAGCUUCACGAUACUAAUCCUCACAAUACUAAAAUUCUGUUUGUAUUUAACCUGUUUUGUAAGCAGGUGAGUGCAUGUAUAGGUGGGGCAGCCAUGUCGACUGUAGAUUUCUGCAAAGAGCCUUCUAAUAAACUAGUAUCUAACUUACUGUUGUCACAUAACUGCAAAACAUAGAUUAAUAGGUUAGGCAUCAGAAGUAAGUAUCAAAAAAAUGCACAGCCGAUAUUGAAAACAAAAUAUUCACACCACCUUGAAUGUAAAAGUGAGAAUUUUUUAAAUUGGACUGAAGUUAAAAAGUUUCAACUCCAAAGGUGAUGGCAGACAAAAGAAUGAUUAUUUCAGAGCCUGGAUCAGUGGGAGUCCAUGUUUUUGUAUGUGUUUGUGUAUUUUGAGUUCUCUGUAGGUGUCGUUUGUGCGUUAACUUGGGACCAGGUGUGUGCUCCACUGAGAAGGGGUGAACAGGUGCUGGAUGAAGAAGGAACGACUGUAACACUUAUAUAACCUGUAUUUAUGUAUGUGUGUGUUGCGAGAGUGAGGGUGUGCUCAAUGAUGACCCCCUUAGCAAAUGGUAAAGAUCCCCUGGUGUAUAUUAACAGAAAAUACAUAGAAUAAAUGUUGGAAUAUAAAAUGAA